GCAUUCCAACUCUCAGCCCAACUCCUGACACCAUGGCCUGCUGUUCCACCAGCUUCAGUGGAUUUCCCAUCUGUUCUACUGGUGGGAACUGUGGCUCCAGCUGCUGCCAGCCAACCUGCUGCCAGACCAGCUGCUCCCAGCCAACCUGCUCCCAGCCAACCUGCUGCCAGACCAGCAGCUGUGAGACUGGCUGUGGCAUUGGUGGUAGCAUUGGCUGUGGCCAGGAGGGUGGCAGCGGAGCUCUGAGCUGCCGCACCAGGUGGUGCCGCCCUGACUGCCGCGUGGAGGGCACCUGCCUGCCUCCCUGCUGUGUGGUGAGCUGCACGCCACCAACCUGCUGCCAGCUGUACCUCGCCCAGGCCUCCUGCUGCCGCCCAUCCUACUGUGGACAGUCCUGCUGCCGCCCAGCCUGCUGCCUCUGCUGUGAGCCCACCUGCUGCAAGCCCACCUGCUAAAAACCAGGUUACUCAUUUUCAGUUGCUCAGGAUACAGCAUCUCUGAACAAUUUAUCCCCUCAACCACCCAUGGACCACAGUGAAAGUUCUUAAACAUCCAUUUGGACUUUUGUUAUGGGAGCUACCAAAUGUAUGAGUUUUAUCUGAUUUCAUCCUGCAAUGAAUAUCUUGACUUUCCACUGUGGACACAGAAAUGUUGCAAACCCACAUGCUGAUCAUCAAAUUGCUCUGGAUAUACUAUUUCUGACUUUCUUUCCAGGUUCAAAAUUGCUGACAUAGUGUGGAGUUUAUCCUUGUGAACUGUCCACAAGUCUAAUUCCCCCUGCUUUAUGAUCUAUUUUUAACUUCUUUUUACCUGAAAAAUUUUUCCAUCAUCAAAAGCAACAGAGUAUAGCCACAUGACAUCUUCAGACAUCACCAGCAAGAAUGGAAGCUCUUCACCCAACAUUCAGCCUCUAAGAAGGAGCCUAGACUCGUCCAUAUUUCAACUUCUGACUCCAUCUCCCUUUUUUUGGAUCAUAAUGAUCUUGCCUGUCGGCUAUUUUCAAUUAGAAUCUGUGAUACAGCGUCUUCUGUCAUUUCUUAAUAAAUGUUAUAUGCUGGGCAAGGAAACUAUG